GCGACACCUACAUUACCAACACUCGUAAAUCACUACCCUGACUCUGCCUGCGACUGCGACCUUGAGCCCUUCAUUCCUUGUUGGCAAACUCCGUGGUUCUUGAAAGAGGCAAAGACACUCCCACAUCAUGGAGUGGUGUUUUGAUUAGUAUAUUGAAAGGACCCCAAGGAGACGGCGGAGCACCCUGUUAAUGGCCCCGGUGGCGAGCUCUGCUGUCCCCAAAGCGAUAUCGACAGCUGUAUUUACAAACAAGUUGAAUGCGCUUCGCGGGAGCCUCGCGGAGGAGACUGGGGUGCCCGUCUCCGUUUUGGUGACAGCCGACCCCCAAGAGGUCAUCUCAUGCAUCGUGGAAAACCGCGCAAAGCUUGUCAUUGAGCAACGGAAACGAAAUGAGCAGGAAGUGAUACGCGCCCAGCUACGGCGCCGGCUGGAGCAAGCCAGUUUCAACGUGCCUGGCGGCCGAACCGACCGCAUCCUGAACGAGCAGCUCAAACAGGUGCAGCAGCAGCCUCUUGCGGCGCAGCUGGCGGCUACCGGUGGCUUGUCAGGAUCAGGAGCAACAGCAGCCGCAGCAGCCACAGCAGCAGCUGACUUGGACUUGAGGGCAUCAGGGCCGUCGAGUUGGGAUGGCGGGGCGGGCGCAGCCACAGGUUCGGGAUCAAGCUGGGCCGACUCCGUGCCACAGCUUACGACGGCCGCUUCCCCAGCGCCAGAUGAUCCUGCCUCAUCAUCGCCAUUCACGGUGCCGGCCACACCACCGCUUUCAGGCAUAGAAGCAGCAACCAGCUCGCCUCACUCCAAGCCGCUGCAACCUCGCGCGUCGGCACAACCAGGCGCGGCGGCCGUGCCCUCCCUGAUAGCCGCGGCCCUGGCGCCAGCCCUCAACUCAACUGGCGUUGCCAGCCCGUCUUAUGCGGCCAGCGUGGCCUCUUCGUCCCAUAUCUCCGCCGCUUCCGCCAUGCCCAUUGCGCCACAGCAGUCCAUAGGCCGGCUGCCUCUGCUGCUUGCACGCAUGUCGGCAGCAGCCACCUCGUCUCCCAAUGCACCCGGCUCGCCAGCCCUGCCGUCACACCCGGCACGAGCAGCAGUGUCGAUGGGCGGCGGCGGGGGGCAGGGUCGAGGGUCACCCGCCCUCUCAGGCCCCGGCUCUGCUGCCGUCGCCGCAGCCUCAAGCUUUUCGCCGGCGCUUGCGGAGCCGGCGCCGUCGGUGCUUCGCCGCACCGGCUCUCGGGGCGCGCACAGCACGCUUCGCGACGUCUCCAGCCCUGGCACCACAGCCCUGCCCAGCCCCACCACCGCGCCCUCCGUGCGGCACAGCAUCAACGGCUUGACGCCGGCGCGGCCGUCGAACAGUGGCGUCGGCGCCGCCAGCGGCACUGGCACUGGCAGCCAAGGGGGCUCUACACGGGAGGCGCUGGUAGCCGUGUCAGCUACUACGGCAGCCGUGGGAGUUGGCAGCACGGCUGUGGUCGGCAUGCCUAGGACCAGCAGUAGCGGCUACGGCCGUAGCACCAGUGUGCUGGGGUCAGCCGCAUUCGUGGGGACGUCCGAUGCUGGCGGGGGUGCGGACGCAGACGACCCCCGGCCGCCCUCCAGGCUGUGCGACGCGUCGCCGUUGCACCCGCCACGACCGCCGCCGCUGACGCUUCCAACAUCACAAGCUUCGCUGCUGCAGCAACUGCAGCAGCAGCCGCAGCUGCCGCCCGGCGAGGCCCUGCCACACCACAGCUGUCCCGGUGAGCUGGUGCUGCCGUCGCCGCACUCGUCGGCGCCUAGCCCGGCCUCGCAAGCCGCGGCACGGGCGGCGCUGAUGCUGCCGAGGCGUUCCUACCAUAACCUUCUAGCGGGGGCGCUCUUUCAGGGCCCCGGCUCAGGCCAGGAUCCAGGCUUGCUGCUUGGGAACGCGGGGUCGUCUCCUGGAGGUGCCGUCGGCGCGGCGGGGUCGCGGGUAUCGGUGCCGCCGCUGCGUCCGACUGCACGCAGCCGGGCACAGUCAGACUGCGGCGGUCAGGCGCAGCCGGUCCAGUCGCUACCAUCCACACCUGGCGCGGCGGCGCCGGACACAGCCAGCGGGGAGCUCAAGGACGAGGUGGCGUCGCCCGCCGUUGGCAAAGGCACCAAGCUGCCGCCGCUGAGCCUUAAACAGACCUCGCGCCGCACGAUGCAGCUGGGGCCGGCGGCGGUGGGGACGGCAGCCGGCACUGACACUACCGGAAGGCAGGCGCCGGCGUCGCCGGUGCGGACAUGGCGUGUAUGAGGCGGGGAGUACAAGCCUGGUUGGAAAGUGCAGCAUGACAUGAGAGUGAUGAGACAUGUCUGUUCGUGCCGUGUUGUGGGACGCACACGGGGCCACACUGGCAGACAAGAAGCACGGCAGGUCCUUGUAGCGCGGUGGCAAAGGAAGUUCAACCCAUGAGUUUGAUCACGGUUCUCUUGGGCGGUUGGGCCCCUUUUUAGGCGGAGCCCCCCGAGCGGUUACUCCCGUGGUCGCCAAACCCUUGGCGCUCAAUGCUCUAUAGUCGUGUAGGCAGGAGACUUUGCAAAGCUCACAAUCACAAGUCCACAGGCGCAUCACUGCAGGCCUGCGCGGCAUCACGGUAAUGCCUCGGCUCAGGGUUCCGGCGGUACUGGGGUUCCGGCGCUGGGCAUAUCCAUGCAUGCACACGGGGGCGGCACCGUGCCGAGCUGGUAGCUUGGGGAAGGAGGCAGCGAAGGAUGCUGAGUCCUGGCCACGGUUUUCGUGUGGUGAAUAAGGUGACGAAAGGCCUGCUUGGUUGCCUGGAGCACUGAUGAAUACUGAGUCGAUGUGGGCAAAGAAGCAAGUGAUGAUGAGGGCAUGAUUACAUGGCCGCAGAUGGCCGGUAGUGGCCCCAGCGGCUGAGUGGCUAGCCAAUGUAGCCAUCGUCCGGAGUGUCGGUCUGGCGGUGAGCCUUCCGGGUAAUAGAUGUGAAUUUUGAAAGUUUGGCCGC